AUGUCGCGAAUUUUCAAAUUAUUUUUUGUCUGCAUAAGUAUCAUAUCGAUACAGGGUCAAGAGUUACCAAAAUGUGGGACGAAAGAAGAACAAAUGGAAUUGAAUGAAAUUUAUAAUGAAAUCGAUAAAGUAGACGAUGCUUAUACUUCGUAUUCUCAACAAGGAUCGAUGGAUAACGAACGAGAAUUUUUUAAUUACACUACUUAUUUGAACGAACCCAUGCUAGAUCGAGUGUUGUUAGGAUCUAACAGUAUGUUAUACAUCGCGAGAUCAAAUGGUUAUGGUGGAAUAACAUACGACAAUUACCUUUACCCGCAACCAAAAACUAAAACGCCAAAUAAUAAUCAGUUUUCAAAUGAUUAUGGACAGUCGAACUUGGGUGGAGAUGUUGUGUAUCCUCAAAUACUAGCCAUCUUAGAUUAUGAUAAUUACGAAGCAUAUGGUAAAGAUGUCCACAAAAUUACCCAGUCAAUAGCAGGACUUUUUAAUAAUGUUGACAUACGUUUUCGAACUCUCAAAAGUCCACAAGUGCGACUUAAUCUAGCUGGUCUUGUUAUUCCAAUGGACCGCGAUGCUGUACCUUAUUUGACAUAUAAUCUAAAAGACGAUCUCGAAGCUAGUAAACCCUUCGAUGCAAUGCGUCAAGCUGGUGAAUAUUUUUUAAAUCGGUAUGGCGUCUAUGGAAUUCGUCGGGAUUCUUAUGAUAUUGUUGUACUUUUGACGAAUAAAGAUAUGAAGGAUGCCUACGGUUGGGCUUAUGUAGGACAGGCUUGCAGCGAGACUCUAUCAGUUGCUAUCAUGACUCACAAAGCAAAGGGCGAAAACGAUUAUUGGAUUGCCGCUGGUACCGCUCACGAGCUUGGACAUCUAUUCGGAGCAUACCACGAUGGGGAUGAAACCGCAGAAUCAUGCGAUUCCAGUGCUGGACAUGUAAUGAGUGGAAAUAGAGGCAAAAAUGCUUUCACAUGGUCCGAAUGCAGUAUACGUGACAUGAGAAAUUUUUUCAGGUCGCCAAGUUCGGGUUGUUUACGAAACAUACCUUUCGUCGGUAGGCCAUACCCGCGAGUUUUGCGUGGCAGUUUUACAACUCGAGACGAGCAGUGCAAAGUUCACAAUGGUUACGGCAAUUUAAAUUAUGUUGCUUCAGUGAACGAAAAUAAUCGGCACGAACAAUGUUACAUGCAGCCAUGUUCAUGGAUUGGGUCUGAUAAUUAUGUGUCAAACCGUGAUAUGCCUCUUCCUCCAUUAGAUGGUACAAGUUGUGGCGAUAAUAUGAUGUGCUUUGCUGGUCAAUGCGUCGUCGACAGAGAAUAG